UUGAAACGUUCGAGGGGAGAAGAUCAUUAACCACCAGUUUUGGUUUCAUCAAUCUGAUCAUUGGUUUAAAUCUAGUGAAUAAAUUUGCACGAAAAAAAUGGUCCGACGUAAAUAUUUGCAAAUGCAUAUACUCUUGGUAUUUUUGACAUUCUUGGCGAAUGGCCUACAAGCGAUCUCCGACACCGAUGCGUUUGAAGAUCAUUUGUCACGCGAUGGUCUUAGAAAGCAGCUGCAAGAAGUUAAAGCCCAAUUGGAAAAAUUUAAUACGCAUUAUCUGAUAAAUCUAGAACAACGAAUGCUCAACGUUUUGACAACAAUGACCAGUAUCGACAGCAAUGUAAAAACUCUUCAGGAGAAAUCUCAGAUUUGGGAUGUAUUUCAGCACCACAUCGGGGCUUGGACCGAGCAUAUGAAAUCUGUGGAUCAUAAAUUAGAUUUAAUCAAGAAAAGCCAAGAAAACACUCCCCAUCAUUUAGAAGUAAAAUUAUCGAACAUAGACUUCAAAAUUCAACACAUUUUUGAUAAAGUUGACGUUGUUAAUGAGAAACUUCAUGACAUUACGAAAACUGUUUAUGCGUUAUCAAGCUCUUACCGAGCGCGUCGCAAUGAUCGAAACGAACCGCAUGACCAGAGCGCAGUGCUAACUAAAAUUGGCAACCUCCAGAAGCAGUUGAACCGCCUAGAACUAAAUUCAUCAAACUGCCCAAAAAAGAACGGCAACGGAAAUGGCAAAGCGAAAAAAGAAGCGCAAGAAUUUGAUGACGAAGUGGAUGACUUUCUCGAUAAACUUGCUACGAAGAAAUUGAAGGAUAUUGCAACCAGCCGAAAGAAUGCACGAUCGCUCGAAAGUCUAGCGAACACGCUACGAUCCGUUGAUGAGCGCACGAUUAGAAUCUACGAUUUGGAAGCUAAUCAGUUUGAGCAAAUUUGGAGUUGCUGUAAAAGAACUGAUCACGAAAUUACAACUUUUACAAAUAGUGCUGAUAUUCUGUUGAAGCGUAUAGAACGGUUGGUUAUUAAUGUGGAUAAUAAAAUCGAGAAAAGGAACAGUUUACAGUGUCAGAUCCAAAAUGAAGUCUCAGUUGGAGUGACCAGUCUCGAUGUGACAACCGAAACUAACGAGGAUAUUGCCACGACUACGACAGAAGAUGAUUUUAGUGUAUCAAAACUCGAUAUUAUCGAAAAUGAUUUAGUAGAUUUUCAUCAACCAGACAAGCAGGGCUGCCAUCAGUUAACCGUGCGAGAGGAUGGUGUCUAUACAUUCAGUUCAAUCGAGUUGAACGACGCUAACCGAGACAUCAACAGGCGAUACUGUAAAUUUGCCUCAGAAGGUGCAGCCUGGACGGUUAUCCAAAGGCGAUUACAUACUGAUUUGCAGGAAAACUUUAACCGAUCGUGGAACGAAUACAAGAACGGGUUUGGUGAUUUAAACAGCGAGUUUUGGUUUGGCAACAAUUUCAUUCACAUGCUCACAUACGAUGAUAAUGUUGAGUUAAGAAUUGAGUUGUUCGAUUUUGAAGGGAACUUUGCUUAUGCAGAAUACAAAACCUUCAGAAUAGAUACCGAGCAGUUCAAUUUCAAUUUGAUGAUCUCCGACUACCAGGGUAAUGCUUCCGACGCAUUGAGUUACCAUCACGAUCAGGAUUUCAGCACGUAUGAUCGCUCAAAUGAUAAAUCAAAUGGUUCUUUUUCAUGCGCCUUAACAUACGGUAGCGGAUGGUGGUUCAACAGCUGUGCUGAAUCUAAUCUGAAUGGCAUCUACUACGCUGAAAAUCCCGAAGCUCACAAGUCAACUGGAAUUCUGUGGGAAACGUGGUUGGGUGAUUACUCUCUGAAGUCGACUGUCAUGAUGAUACGCCCGAGGGAUGUGUGGGCUCCCGAAAACGAUGAUUUUCCUCAUCCACAGGAUCCAUAAUUACUUAAAAUUAUAAUAUGAUAAUUAUUAUACUAAGGACACACCUGUGGUACUUGUACCAUGGUACAAGAGAACAAGAAAAUUAUUCCAAGACUAUAUUUAAUAAAGACAAUAAUUGGUAUGGUACUCAUUUCAAGAUUCUUGUACCAUGGUACUUGUACCACCAGUGUGUCAUUAGUAUUAAAUAAACAUUUGCUACGUUCAAAUCCGAGCUCGAAGAAGUUCUCAACGUGAAGAUUAGAAAACUGUCUGAAAAGUUUUUUAAAAUUGCCUCAUUAAUUACUCGCAAAAAUAAAUGUUCAAAAAAAUUUCAGCAUUUCAUCGUCCCAAAAUAUUUCAAAAAUAUAUUCUCUGCCUUAUCAUUUAGGCAAUUUGAAUACAUGAAUGUACCGAAAACACUAAAACAGUUCUAAAGUUAUGUUUCGACAAAAUAAUGGGUGCCACACGGGAAGCUGAAGCACAAAAGGCUGAAUACUCUUAAGGCAGAUCUCAAAAGGGUGAAUGAAUAAGAAGGCUGUAAAGUAUCGAAUGACUGAAAUUGGUGGAUUGAAUUGAAUCUUCAAACGAUGGAGUACAAAUUGAGUGGUAUAGAAUGGUUACGGUGUCUUUGUAUUUUAUUAGAUCCAACUGACCGAACAUGGUCUUAUUGAACAUCUUAUAACUAGGAAAUAAUAGCAUUAAUAA